AUGCUUCCCCACACGGCACGCAUCCUAUCCCUCGCCGCCGCGCUCCUAGCCGGAACCAACACUCUCACAAGUGCAAACCCCGUCUUCCGCAGGAUGGAUAAUACGCAAGCAGUCGGGACAAACCCCAUCACGAACCCCAAAGUGGAGUACUUAGGCUUUCAAAAGGCCGACAAUAGCUGCUCGCACCGCGACCUUGGCUUUACGGGGGCCAUUGCUGGCAAGUACUAUGCCGUCUGGGGUGACGUGCUCUGGUGCGAUGCAGGCGUAACGGAUCCGGAGAGGGAUACGCCUGGGUUCCAUGGCAUGGUUCGCGAUGCCGUAUCCGCGAUGACGAACGACCCGCUGGUUGUGCAUGAUUUGAAUUUGGGAAGCAACGGGCGUCAGAACCAGUUUAUCCCAUUCAACGCAUCCUGGGGGGAGAAGUUUGAUACCGGGUUCGGCGGGACCAGCUUGGUCGAGAUCGAUGCUUCCACCGGCACUGGCGCCGUUUUCUUUCUUGUCAACCAAAACGCCGAUGGGCUUGUCGGCGCCGGUAUUGCCAAAGUUAAUGUCAUCGACGGCACCCCGACCGUAACCAAGCGCUUCGGGGAGCGGGGUUACUGGUGGCCUGCUAACAGCAACCCGCGCUAUGGUGACAUUGCUGCUUUCCGUGACCCGCGAUCGGAAUUCAUCUAUGCCUGGGGUGGCCCGCCGACCACUGCCUCCGGCUGGGUUGACGGUAACUACGUUUACAUGGUGCGCGUGAAGGCCAAAGAGGCUUUUGAUCUUUCCAAAUACCAAUACUGGUGGGGUCGCCAGCAGGGAUGGAAGUCGGAUCGAUUAACUACCUUUACCCCUGAGACGGCCGUUACGUGGGGGACUGGCCAGGGGCAAGUCGUAUGGAACGAGUUUUACCGCUGCUAUAUUUUUGUUCAUCUUGGCAUCGGUGGAGGUUCCGUCUUUUUGAGGACUGCAUCUAGCCCAGAGGGUCCAUGGACCCCUGACAUCAAAAUAUUCCAGGCCGAGCCCAUUGAUGGCGGUCUCGUUUAUGCUGGAGUUGCUCACCCGUAUUUUGAUGAGUCGGGAAGGACUCUGGUUAUUUCUUUCACUAAUAAUAACAGAAUUCAGGUAAUUAAGGCGACUUUCUCUAAGUGA